AUGACCAGAGGAAAGAAGAAUUCAAUCAAUUGCAGGCGUGUGCACAGAGCCAACAUGAUUUUUGCCACCAUAAGCAACGACAACAAUUACAUAUGCAUCAUCACGUAUAACGGAAAUGAUUACAACUUAGAGCUGUUCAGCGGGAACAACCUAAUGAAGAAAAUAUUUCGAAAGACCGUUCCAGACAGCAUUAACAAAGUUUAUAUAAAUCAUUGCAACAGGUACAUUUGCGUGACGAGUCAAAAUGGCAGCAUAUACAUCCUCGACAUGAAGGGGAACCUUGUGUACAAGAAUGAGGGGAUGCAUUGCUUGUACUGGAAAAAGAGAGAUACCCGGACGGGGGUUGUCCCCGCAAAAAAUGGUUACUCCAAACGAAAACGCAAAAAGGAGACCAACUGGACCACCGCCGAUAAGGAAGAUCAAGUGAAAGAGAACACCCCGAGUGAAAACACCACAAAGAGAUUUAAAUGUGACAAAACGGCGGAGAAGGAAAAUUCAGUUGUACCCCUUCUUAGCAAUAAUGUGAAAAAAACGAAUGGCGGAAAAUUAACGGGUGCAAAAAAUCACCUGACCUGGUCAGGCAAAAAUGGAGACAUAAAAAGUAGAAAGCAACCGCUCAACAGCAACAUUAUUAUGAAAAGCGAAAAAAAUAAAAAGGGUCCUGUACUCAGUGGGAACGUACUAAAGAGCGGGACAACAGCGAGGAGGUACAAAUCUGUGGGGAACAAAAAAGAGGGGGAAAAAAAGCCCAACGGGAGGCUCCCCACGAGGCAAGCCAGUCAUUGCAACGUGAAUGAACCCUCCAAGGAGAUAACCGGAUGUGGAAUAAAUAGGCCCAAAAAGCAGACACGGAAAAGCGGCACACACGCAGAAAAUGAUGACAAGACAAACAAUAACCAAACAAAUGAUAACCAGAUGGAGGAAAAAUAUUCCGACGUGAGUGUUGAAUCCAAUUCGACCACCUUCAGAAAUUACGAUUUUUGCUUAAACAAAGAGGUGUGUGAUUACUUCUUCUCCACCCCAUCGACGAAUCGGAUUGCAAAAUAUGGACAAGGGAACGAAUUGAAUUCCAAGGCGCAAUACGAAAAAAUCCCACUCGAAAUUGUGGACAUAUUCUGGAUUAACGUAGAAAAAGAUAACAGAAAUAAAUAUCCACAAAAUUAUGGCUAUUAUUACCUCUUCAAUUAUUUUGACAACGUGCAUAUUAUCCAUAGCCUGGACGUAGGGUUUAACAUUAUAUGCUCCAUGAAUUUAAAAAUUAUACUUUACAAGUGCAACGUUUUAAACCAUUUUUAUAAAAAUAUUAAUUCGUACGUUAAGCUGAAAAAUAAUAUUGUUCAGGCAUUUAAAAAGAAAUUUAUAAGAAAAUGUAAAGCCCAAAAUAAGUACGCAUGUGUCAAGUCGGCAAAACAUAAUUACCGCCGAAGCAAAAUGAACAACUUUAACACGUCAUUUAACAGGGUUAACAGUUUCCGUCCUGGUCUCAAUGCACACAAUUGGGGUGCGACUGAGUCUUUUUCCUUUCUUCACCAUUUAGACGUAAAAGAAAGUAUCCUUAAAAGGAUCUUCAACGACCUCGUUAUUGACAUCAACCAAUCGUACAUUUCGAAUGAGCAGCACUACAUUUUAGUAAACUACUACGUGCGUGUGAAGCGGAAGUACUUGCACUUCUCCAGCUUGGAGCCCCGCCGGUGGAAGUGGACAAGCGAACCGGCAAGCCAACCGGGCAGUCUCUCCAAAAAGGACAGCACCCCCAAAAAAAGACACAACAAAUUCAACCUAAAAAGAAUGAUCAUGAACAGAGAAAAGGCAAACCAACGUACAUUGCCAUCGCACAAGUACAAUAUGUGUCUUCUGGGGAUGCAAAAACCUGCCGACGUGGAGAGAGAAUUCAAAUCCGUGCAAAAAAUAGUCCUCUACCUCCUACACGCUUCCAAUAUUCUCCAUAGCGUCUUUCACAUAUACAAGCAAAUGUCAACCAUGUACUCAAAAUUUAAUGAGUACAAAAAAAUGCACCAAAUUUAUCGAAGCAUUGUUGAAUUAAAUGACCACUUUAAGAGAUUCUACUACAAAGAUCGGACCAUAGUUUAUUUCUCCAAAUUUAUUAAAAAUCGGAGAGAGAAUUUUGACGAAAAUUUGUACAAUUUAUUUUUUAGGGAAAACGAAAAAAGAGACUUCGUUCGCUACUACGAUGUGGUAAAAAAGAUGAUAAACGAGAACACCAUCUGCUGCUCAUGCUCCAAGGAGAAGUUCCUAAGUGGGGAGGUGACCCAUGAUGAGCAGGGAAAGAUGCUUAAUCAGGAGAAGAAUCCCGAUCGGGGGGUAGACCCUCCUCUACCAGAAGGCGUGGCAAAUGGAGCAAUCCCACGGUCAAACAGUGGGGGGGAGGCGGCUAUGGAAAAUAAAUUCGAUGAGGCAAGUAGGGAAUUAUCAGAGGACUGUUUGAAGUCCCAUUUGGGGGGCACACAGCACGGCGUCAAGAAGGAAGACCCGUUUGAGGAGAACAUAAAGAGGGGAGUUCUGAACAGCUACGAAGGGGGUCCCUCGAUCGGGUGCGUUAGCGGUGCGACUCAAUGUGUUAACAACAUGAAUGGGCGCUUGAGCAGGGCAAGUAAGACGCUCCCCCCCACGGGGCAUCAAAGCAAGGUAAUGAAAAAACAACCCAGAAAUAUAGCGGUAGAGUCGAACAGCACAACCAGUUGUCUGCAAAAAAUGGACACAAAAAAAGGAACAACCGCAAGAGGUCGGAUAAAUAGUAUGAAGGACAGCCUGGGCGCCGAUAGUGUGGACCUUGGGGGGAAGGGAAAAACCAUCAGUCAUAGAAGCCAGUGUGGCACGUCCCUCAGCCGAAGUAGCAGCGUGAAAUGUUGCUACAACCGUGUGGAUGGGAAGCAUGAAAAGGAUGGUAGUCAUGGAAUAGCCGCCUCCAUUGGAAGGGAAGCGGUAAGGAACAGGGGUAGCAAUGGCUUCCUUAAGAAAGGUAGCGGAAUUGCGAACAGACUGGGGACAGUCAUCUCUGCAGGGGGGAAACGCAGUUGUGGCGGUGAGCGUCCCGCUAGAAGCGCACAACGAGGGGCAUGCACACACCGGCCCGCAAAGGGGAAAGAGGCCAAACGUCCGCAAAGGGGCGCCAUGACCAACCGGGGGAAGGAAGAAACGGAGCAGAAGAACGGUAACCGUGACGAUGACAGCGACGGUGAAGAGGGCACUGAUGAUGAUAGUGACGGCCUGCCCCUGUCGGAAGGCGAACUGGAGGAGCAGUUCCGCACGAGCCGGAAGUUUAUUGUCCCCCCAGGGCAGAACAUAUGUACCAGCUGCGAACUCCUGAUACAAAAAAAGACAAUACACAAUUUUGAAAAGUUCGAACUGAACUAUGUCAUCCCCAAAAAAAAAAAAAAAAAAUUCAGUGACGAAGAAAUUUACACCUCCCUGAUCAAUGAUAUCUACCACAUGUACAGCGAACAAAAAUGCCCAGUCAAUCUGCUGCUCCUGCUACAGGAGUUUAACGAAAAGGAAGUACAAAAAUGUAUGGCCAAUUUUCAGGUGAUCCUAAAUUACUACGAAAAAAUCUUCCUCGAAAAUAUAAACGAACAUUUAAUAAAUUUGCACAGAAUAAUAUGCCUUUGUAAAACCUUAACUGAUAAUACGCACGUUAUGUUAAAGAUAUACCGUCUGGAUCUAAUUAAAAAGAUACAGGAGCUCACCAUUUUUUGUGUCCGGAAGUUUCAAAAGUACUAUAAUUUGCAAACGCAUCUGAAUAUCUUCCUUUUUUUAAUCGAAUUGUUAUUGUUCAUUUCGAAAAAUAUUUAUUUCGAAAAAUUUCCGCAUUAUAAGGAAGCCUUUUCCAACUACAGAAAUUUCGAUGUGGAAAUUUUAAAAAAUUACAACUCCCUCAGAGGGAACAAAAAAAUCCACUUCAAUCAUUUCGACAGAUACUUACACAACAGUCAGUUGAAGAGGCAAAAAUUCUUUUUAGCACUUUGUACAAUUCAGCAUAACUUUGACCAGAUUUUUCAGCCCUUCUUGAACAGAAGGGAAGACAAUAAAUUUAUUUCCUUUUACAACAUUUCCAUCCUGCAUCUUCAAAGUAGCCAUCAUCAAUAUCAUUAUUUUACUCUUCCAGGGAAUUUCAUAAAAUAUGACCUUCCCCGUAAUUUCUCCUACUUUGGCGAUGACUAUAUAGACCAUAUGGAUCAUGUGGAACAUGUUCAUCAUGUUGGGCAAGUGCAAUCCCAGGUUUACCCUUUCUACGUCUGCACUUGUGAUCAGUUUUCUUUCCUUCGCAUUGAAAAAUAUUACCAGUGCGGCUUGCGCUUCAAGUUGAUCCAGAGGCAUGCCAUAGGAAUAAGUUUACACCCCCUCACCGUUAACAGCGUCGUGGUCAUGUCCAAGAACUUCUUCUACAUCUUCGCCAGGAACGAGAGGAAGCUCAACGUCACCUCGCUCAAAGUGAAGUACGGCAACUCCAAUCGGAACGCCCUCAAGUGCAAAGGGAAGACGGACUGCCCCAACAAUUUAACCGUUGUCAAGUGCUCCAACAUGCAAUCCUACUACCCCGGUGCCAACAAUUUCCAUCUCAGGCUCCAAACACUAUAUAACUCCAUUAUUGCGAACUCCGAACCGCACACCUGCCUGAUACUGCAAGGACAAUGA